AUGGUUUUGUUAAAAUUAUAUUCAUUUUUUAUAUUCCUUUUUCAGCCCUGGAUUGAUUUUUUCACUCACGAGACGAUGAUUCAUCCAGUAACAAACCAUCCCCAACACAAGAGAAGCUUCAUCCCCUCCAAGUGGGAAAAACUCAAGGUAGGACAAAUGGUGCAUGCUCUGAAGAUGGGUUGGAUGAAACCCACAAAACCCAAGACAGGGGAAGAGGAGGAACAGAAUUAUUACAUGCUCUGGAAGGACGAUGAGGAGCCUGAAAUAACCAGAAGAUACAGGGCCCAUCUACCAGCCCCUAAAGCCCCCCUCCCCGGUCACGCAGAGUCUUACAACCCCCCACCAGAGUACUUACUGAGCAAGGAGGAGGAGGAGAAGUGGAUGAACAUGGAACCAGAGGAGAGAAGGAUGAACUUUUUACCUCAGAAGUACAGCAGCCUACGACUUGUGCCCGCUUACAAACGCUUCAUUAACGAGAGAUUCGAAAGAUGCCUUGAUUUAUACCUGUGUCCCCGCAAACCAAAAGUCAAGAUGAACAUAAAUCCUGAAGAUUUGAUUCCUAAAUUACCAAAACCAAGAGAUCUUCAGCCAUUUCCCACUUCACAAGCUAUUAUAUUUAAAGGUCACAAUGACAUUGUACGAACCAUUUCUGUGGACCCCACUGGACAGUGGCUAGUGUCAGGAAGUGACGAUGGAACAGUGAGAUUCUGGGAAGUGGCGACGGGGCGAUGUAUGAAGUCGGUUUCCAUGGAGAAGGACAACACCGGGAACUCUAGCUGUGCUAAAUGUGUGGCCUGGAACCCCAAUCCUGACGUCAGUCUUGUUGCUGUGGCAGUGGGAUUGAGUGUGCUUCUAAUUAAUCCUGGACUGGGAGACAAAAUGGUGACCAUCAACACCGACAACAUAAUCAACUCACCCCCCGCUUCUGAGGAAGAUACAACAGGUAAAAAGCUGUAUGUGGAUUGGUCUGUCAUUGACCCCUCAGACAAGAGAUAUGAGAAGGGAAUCAGAUUUACUCUACAGCAUGCAAAGGAUGUAUCCCAGGUCACAUGGCAUGGAAGGGGAGAUUACUUUGCCUCAGUAAUGCCAAAAGGAGACAGUCAAUCUGUGCUCAUACAUCAGCUCUCAAGACGUCGCUCACAGAAUCCAUUUACAAAGUCUAAAGGUCUAGUUCAAUGUGUUCUUUUCCACCCCAUCAGGCCAUUCCUGUUUGUGGCUACACAGCGCUAUGUUAGAGUUUAUAACUUACUGAAGCAAGAGUUAUCAAAGAAACUGAUGACUAACUGUAAAUGGGUGUCCAGUAUGACUGUUCAUUCAGGAGGUGACAAUGUUAUAGUAGGGAGCUAUGAUUGCCGUCUCUCAUGGUUUGACCUUGACCUUUCCAUGAAACCUUACCAAACUCUCAGACACCAUAAGCAGGCUGUCCGAGCGGUUAACUUUCACAGAAAAUACCCACUGUUUGCCUCGGCUUCUGAUGAUGGAACGGUCAUUGUGUGUCACGGAAUGGUUUACAAUGACUUGUUGAAGAACCCCUUGAUUGUGCCGGUGAAGAUCCUGAAGGGUCACGCCCUUUCCCAGGGUCUGGGGGUUUUAGACUGUGUGUUCCACCCCAGCCAGCCCUGGGUGUUCUCCUGUGGGGCGGAUACAACCAUCAGACUGUUUACCUGGGGGCGUGGCAAGUGGGCGUGUCCUGCUAACAGCAGACAUCCCUACAGAACCACAGCUGUGAUAUAUAAUUACAGUGAUGGAGACCAAAGGAAUUAUUCUCUUCAUAGCAGGAGACAGACUGAUUCUAACAGCGGAGUCCUGGUCCACGUGGGAAAGACGGUGUGGAAUUGUAUGUCCAGCAAACUGACAGAAGCUGUCACAGAACUCCUAAAGGACAAGAGCGGGUCAUCUAGUAUCAACAACUGCUGGUACAGUGGACGGUAUGGGAGUUGUUUGUCAGCCAACCUUAGUACAGAGCCCACCAGUCAUGUGGUUGACUUCAAUAAUGCAGUGUACCCAAAGCAAUGUGUAGCCCAGCAAGUGUCCACAACUAAGUGCAUUUCAACCGCCAUGUCAGAGGUCAAUAAGUACGGCUGUGAGAGCAAGGUGGAGGAGAAUUUGGGGAAACUGAAGAGUUCCACUUUAUCACAGGAGGAUCUAAAGGGAGCGUACUGUAGGGCCUCUGUGACAGCAUACAGCUGUAUCUUGUCUGUGGUGAAGUACUGUGAUGUUACAGGUGGACCUAAGAUAAUGGACAAUCUAUCCAUGUUUAACAAAGUCCGCACCGCUUGUUCACCCUACCUGCCGGCUACCACUACCCCUAAAUCUCCCGAAUCAGACAUUGGUGGAAUCGGUGACCUCUUCCCCUCUGACUUUAAUGAUGACAAGAGGUCAAACGUAAACACCUCCUCGGCCCCCAGCCACUCCCCGCCCCUCAGAGCCGGCACAGCCACAGUUAUCUGCCUUGUCUUCUUAGUGUUUACUUUUGCUAUGGUUUAUUAA